AGGAAAGGAAAUUGCGGUUAUAGCAACUUAUCACCACUUAACUGUGGCAUAACAGUUUUUCGUCGCUGCGUUACUAAAUUAAUCAGCCCAAGAAUGUCUGGAGAGCCUGAAGUCGGACCUGGAUUAGUGGAGGUCGAGGAAGUCGAAAGCAAAUAUGUUCCACCUCCAGAGAAGUCACUUGAUGAAAUUCUUGCUGCUGACCAGGAGGACGAGAGUCUGAGGAAGUAUAAGGAAGCUCUUCUUGGGGAAUCCACUGCUGGAGCUGUGAUUGUUGAACCGAAUGAUCCUCGUAAGGUUCUUGUAAAACAACUCGCUUUAGUUGUGGCCGGCAGAGAUGACGUGGUUUUGGAUCUGACAGGGGACAUCUCCCAGCUCAAGAAAAAGACGUUUAGCAUCAAAGAGGGUGUUUCGUACAGAAUCAGGAUCGACUUCAUCGUUCAACGGGAAAUCGUGCAUGGAUUGAAGUAUGUCCAAAAGACCAGUCGACUUGGUGUUCCAGUGGAUCGCAUGACUCACAUGGUGGGUAGCUACCCUCCUAAGGUGGAAAUGCAUUCGUACACUACCCCACCCGAAGAUGCUCCAUCCGGCAUGAUGGCUCGCGGAAGUUACACGGUUCAAUCUCUCUUUACUGACGACGACAAGAGCGAGCAUUUGAAGUGGGAAUGGAGCUUUGAAAUCAAGAAAGAUUGGAAAGAUUAAUUUGCUUUUAGUGAGACCUGCCAAUCUCACAGUCAGUUCAAUCCUCUCGCAACUCUUCCACUACUUAACACUUUUGGUUAACUAUGGUUGUCAAUGCUACCCUUAUGUGCUAUAUAUUUUAGUUCUACCUUUUUGAAGGGUUCAGUACAAGAAAAUUACCUGAUUCAAUUACAAGUCGAAAACACAUAUAUGAUUUAUACCCUUUGCCCAGCCAUAAUAUUAUUAGUAUUUCUACAAUGCUCAAGCUGAUUUUCGUAUUUUUAAUAUUAACCAUACUGAACCCAGCAUUGAUAAUUUCUUAGAAUAAGCAGUGAAUAUUUUAUUCAUCCUAUGACGUGUGUAAUAUGUUUAAUGUAUAGAAACAUGUGGAGCAUACACACAUUACUAACAUUUAAUUGUGAAUCGUUUGACUAAUUGGUAGAUCUCUGCAUUUGCAAACAAAAUUGUGUAUUUGGUCGUUUGGCAUUUAAAUGGCCUCAUUUGAGGGUCCAAGAAAUUCCGUUGAAGCGAACAAAAGAUUAUCUGGCUAGUAAGGCAAGUCCUCUGUGUGCAGAACCAGUGCCUUUCACACACAGAUUGAUGUUCCAAGUAUUGUUCAGUCUCUAAUCACAAUGUAUUUUUGUAUUCACCGAAAUUUAACUUUUUGUACGCAUUUUUAUUUUACAUAAUGCUGAAUACCAAUCGGGAGCAUUUUAAGUGUGUUAAUCAUUAAAAUAUCAACAGACGAUGUGCAUUAACAAUAUGGUCACGCAAGCAGCGCGUCGCCUUCCCACAACAAUUGCCUUUCUAGCAAUAAAUUCUAAAAAAACUUUGUGUCUCUCAAAUUAAUGUAAAACAACACGGUGUGCCCCUCAGAUUCCGCUCAAAAGGGCCAGCCUUUGGUUUUUGAUCAUUUUUUGUAAUUUGAUUAUUAAGUCUUUGCCAUUGCAAGUCAUUCAAAUAUGAACUUGAUUGUGAUGGAUUGUGUCAAAGGGUUGCAAGGGUGCUAUUGGUUUAUCUUGAUGAUUUACCAUCAAACUAUAAAGCAUAACUAUUUGUACCAGGCAAAACUAACCAUGAAUGGUUUCAAUAAACUAUGCAAAUUACAGAUUAAUUUUUUCAUUUACUACAUUGAAGAUUUGCUUUUGAUUUGUGUAAUAUUUAAAUGAAAAAGCAAAUUAUGUAAUAUUUUAAUUAAGAUGUAUUCAAUUUAUUCAUAUCGGUGUAGGUCACAAUUUUGACACAAAUAGCUCUUACAUCAGUAAAAUUGAAACAGUGGUCCAUAAUGUAAAAGACAAGCAGAAGGUUUGCAACUUUUAACAUCAAGUUAAAAGAAAUAAUAAUAAUAAUCCUGCAAAAUUGCACGUUUUCCUACAAUCUUUGCAUCAAGUCUAGCAAUCAGGGUCUUUUUUAUUAAUUAAAACUGACAA